CCACGCCGUCAGCAUCAGUUACUUACGAACUCGCGUACCGCAUAGUCGUCAGCAGGCAGUUGUCGGCCUUCAAGCUGAACGGGCUCUGUUCCCGCCGAGCUUUCAAAAGCACGUAGCAUUAAAUACAUCGAUUUCGUCGUUACACGUUGCAGUGUCGCGUAUCAAUUAGAAGAGUAAUAAGGGGGAUAAUUGACAGCUGAACAAAAAGAAGAAGAAGAAAAAAAAAACUAGUAAAUUUUCACACAAAACAUUGCAGUGAACAAGGACACCCUAAACGUGCCGGUGCUUUUCUUUAUUCCUCUUAUUAUACCAUACCGAUUUGAACAAGACCGGAUUGUUAUUGUUUUCUUGUUCGCAAGUCGUGAGCGUAUUGUUCGUUUCGGAACAGUUUUAGAAACAGUGAAAGGAAAUCAUGAUUUUCUCGGUCAAGUGUUUCUUCUUAUGUUUCGUGGCGUUUGUUGUUUUACCGACGUAUGGACGGAGCGGAGCUUUUCUCACAGCACCGUUACCAGCUUACGCACGAGGAUUGGCGGCUUAUGACGUCACUGAGACCAAUCGGCGAGCGGAGAUUCUCCAGCGUCUCGACGAAGACGAAGGCAACGACGUCGACGACGGCGACGACGACAACGACGACUCAAUUCUGAAAAACACGGUCAACGGGCGAACCGUCGAGCAACGUGGAAGUUCCAUUUACGUUAUAGAGUUCGAAUCUGAAACCGACGAUGUCAAAGAUGCGUUGGCGAACAACACAACUGAGAGCGUCCAGGCAACGAGCAACAACCCUCUGGAUCCCUGGUCGAUCGUCUGGUACAUCGGAUCCUUCGGAGGCCUCGUGGCGUUCUUCCUCGUCGUUAGCUGUUCGGAAUGGUGUUGUCGCCGCGGGGCCCGCCCGAUGGGCAUCACGUACACCCAGCCCGGUGAACCGGACACCACGUCCUCCGGGGUCCAAGACGCGCCUCCCCCGCCUUAUCACCUCUUCGCACCGCCGCCGUACGACUCGAUAUAUUACGGCGGUAUCACGGAUAAGACCUCGGGCGAGAAAUUGGACAUAUUCGUGAUCGCGGUGCCGCAGGUUCACGGGGCACCGCCGAGGCAAACGGACACUUAGUGACUCGUCGAGGAUAAUCUCGUCGCCUAUGGCGAGGCGAUUUCUUAUACUGACCCUGACCGGGGUUUGACCAUAUCCUCCACCCUGCGGACGGGCGAUCGGGAACUUUGACGAAUUUGCCAGCGAGGAUCCUUCGGGAAUAUUCAAGUCUUCUACCCGUUCUUGAUCGAACGCGAGAUGAUGAAGACGCGGAGGUACCUAUGUUUGUGUCGAGACGUUGCAGCAGUCGAGUUAAUUGAACGCAGUUCGUAGCGAAAGAAGACCGGGUGUCGAAGAUUUUGAUUAUUGAGUAAUUUAAUCAAUGACGAAGUGUAUCUUGAGCAAAUUCUUACCAAGCUGGGUAUAACACCUGCAGCGGUUGUGUUAUCGAAGAAACUAGUUGUACCUGUACGUAUACAGUGAUGAAAUUCCUGGAUCCAAUCGUAGGAUAGGUCUAUGUGUAUAUAUGUGUAUACAUAUAUUAUAGAUAGUUAGGUAUACAAACGUAUAAUGAUUUACUAAAAGUAGUAUAAUACUCGAUUGUAUAGUAUAUUAAUAUCCUAAAAUUGACGAAGGUAUAGUACAAUUCUGGAUUUUAUUGUGAGAUAUAGGUAUAAUACUACGCGAGCAAAGUGUCAUUAAAUCAAUUCCUAUAUAUCAAUUCAGUUUAAUUAAUCGAGGACAUCGGACGUUGUUCGUGUACUAUAACAGUCGUAUAAACGGAAUGUAUGUGUAUAUACACAUAUAUUGAAGCACGUUGAACACACCCUUUUUAUAACCCUCCUAAUGCCUGCCGUGAAACUUAUAUACUGCCAUAAACAGCCAACGUGUGAACGGAAAUAAUUUUCGUUGGGGCUAAUAAAUGUUAUACGUAUUACCGCAAUAAACAAUUGUGUGAUCGAACGGGAAAAUCGAACACACCUUUCUCGGAGCAUAACGAUUUUUUUUCGUUUUUUUUUUCUCUCCUUUUCUAAAACAACCGACCUUCGACGUCGUCGCGCGUGUCAAAAAAUGUUGGCAAGGGCCUCGUUGAAUACCGUAAUGUACGUAUGCAUACAGAUUGGCAUAUCUAUGCAUAUAAAACGGACUCGAACGAGAUUGAACAGAGUUGUAUAAUGUGAUGCGAAAUGAUUGAUUCUGUCUUUGGGUAAUAAGAGGGAAAAAAUGAAUUCUCAUUUCGCAUUGCGUACAUUUUCACAAAUAUCUGAAGAAUUGAUUAAUCUGUUCUUUAAAUAUCGAGGAUACAGUUUCAUCAUUCGAUCGCAUCUUUGAUGUUUGUAAUACGUUGACGUUCAAACUAUUUGUCUGUGAAACACUUUGAAAAAAAAACACACAUUCUUGUUAGAAAGUGUUUACGAUGGAAAAAUAUCUUCAAAAAAUAUUUUUUCUGUGUUCCCCUCGAGCUAAAUCUUUUUUGCCUCCUCAAGUAAACAAUCGUUACGAAUUCAUGAAUUGAUAUCUCAUUUCAUGAUCUGUUUGAUAUCGAUAAGUGGAUGACGAAAACAAUGUUUUUUUGCAAGAAUUUUUGUUCGCGGAAGGUUUUCAACGCAUGUAUGAAUUAUACAUAGAUUAUGUUAUGAAAAUCAUUGAGGAAGGCUCGAAGGGUUGUAAAAAAUAUUGCUCUCACUUUGCGAGAGCUGAGACUCAGAAUUUUGUGUAUUAUUUACUUAGAUUUCGAAUUCAAUUUACUUUUUUACGCACGCUCGUGAAUGCUGUGAGAAGUGUCAAAAAAUAAAAUUAAACUUUGAUUGUACCCUAAUAACAACGAAUUAUUGCCAUAACGAUUUAAUUUGUAAUUUUAGGUAAACACAUUUAUCGUUUGUGAUGUAGUAUAUUACAAUCGUUGAGCAGCCUUGCAAAGUAUGUCGCGAUUUGAUCUCAACUAGUCAUUGAAAUUAUAUAUAAUAAUUGUGGUUAUAUUUGCUCCGAUACAAGGAUAGUUUAAAGGAAGUUGAAAAAAUAUAUAUAUAUUCUGUAACUUACCCAAAUUAUUAAGAGAACGUUGUUUCAUACAUAGACAGUCUAAUGUAAAAUAACGCAAUCAUUUUUCUGUCUAUCAUAAUAAUGCUAAACAAAUUUGUGAUUCAGUUACUCCGAUAAAUGAAUUUAAUGUACAUACAUAUAUAUCUGUGUAUAUAUUAGUUUGUCUUAAAUAACGUUUAAAACGCGUUUAUAAAUAUGUCGUUCUCAAUUAGUUGUUAGUAACUAUUUUUCGAUUCUUCAUAUGAUAGUAAUAAUAAUUAUCAUGAGGGCGAUGACAAUAAUCAUAAUGAUAAUGAUAAUAAGUCUAAUCGUAUUAAGUAGCUAAUAAUUUAUGUAUGAAUCGUAACGUAUUUUCUUAAACGAUACUCCGAUCUAACAAGUGUUAAACCCAAUAUACGGGGCGACUUCAGUCGCUAUUUAUUUUUUUAUACUUUUAUACACUCUGUUUACGGUAAGCAUCGUUGUUGUAAAUUGAAACGCAGCUUAUAAAUGGGACAACAAUUCAA